CCCAGCGUACACUGCGCGGACGCUGACGUCAGCCGCACUCUGCCCAGUCCCCGCCGCCAUUGGUGAGUGUGAAGCCUGUUACCUCCCGGGCCAGGCCUGAAGCUAGUGAGAUCCCGGGUCGCGGCCAACAGCGCACAGAUAUUCUGCGCCCAGCCAGCACAUUUAGCUGCGGAAAUUUAGACACACUACUUUGGAGGCCAAGCCAGGCCUGGACUCACUACUUGCGGCCUUCUUCUUAAUAGAGGCGCCCGUCCGAGACCCGGCCUACUGAGGCUACAGCACCGUGCGGCUCUUCAUGAAUGAUGUCUGCCACCAGCGUGGACCCACAGAGACCAAAGGGACAGGACAAUAAAGUUUUUCCAAUAGGGCGCUCAAACAAUGAUCUAAUUUCAGUUCAAAAUGGAUCCCUGCACCAGAAGGACAGCGUGCAUGACAAUGAUUUCGAACAGUAUCUGUCUGGUCAGUCCAACCAGAGUAACAGCUACCCAUCCAUGACAGACCCAUACCUACCGAGUUACUACCCUCCAUCUAUUGGGUUUCCAUACUCCCUAAGUGAAGCUCCAUGGUCAACUGGAGGGGAUCCUCCCAUCCCUUACCUUGCCACAUACUCGCAGCUCAGCAAUGGAGACCACCACUUCAUGCAUGAUCCUGUUUUUGGGCAGCCUGGGGGUCUUGGGAAUAACAUCUAUCAGCACCGCUUCAACUUCUUCCCAGAAAAUCCAGCCUUUUCUGCAUGGGGGACCAGUGGUUCUCAGGGACAGCAGACCCAAAGCUCUGCCUAUGGAGGCAGCUAUAGCUACCCACCUAGUUCCCUAGGUGGAACUAUUGUUGAUGGACAAACAGGAUUUCAUAAUGACACUUUGAAUAAAGCUCCAGGCAUGAAUAGCAUUGAGCAGGGCAUGGUUGGACUUAAGAUAGGAAGCAAUGUAACUGCAUCUGCAGUGAAGACAGUGGGUUCUGGUGUUAACAGUGUAGGAAUGCCCAGUGCUUUGUCAGGUAAUGGGGGCACCAGCAUAAGCAUGCCACCCUCAAAGCCAACAUCAUGGGCAGCUAUUGCCAGCAAACCUGCCAAGCCCCAACCCAAAACAAAAACUAAGCCUGUAACUGUAAUUGGAGGGGCCUUACCACCACCUCCCAUCAAACACAACAUGGACAUAGGUACCUGGGAUAAUAAGGGACCUGUGGCCAAGCCCCCCAUACCUCAGCAGAUCCCUUCUCCUCAGACCAUCCCUCAACCACAACCUCAACAGCUGAUGCAGCCUAUUCCUGCUCAACCACCUCCUUUGUCUCAGACUCCAUAUCAAAACCCACCCCCACCUCCGCAGCAGCCACAGGCUCCGCAGAAUCGUUGGUUAGCUCCGCGUAACAGGAACGCUGCUUAUGGGCAGGCUGGGAGUUCAGAUGGAAACCCCCUUGGAGGAGCCCAGUCACAUCCACUUCCUGGCUGUGACUCCCACCCUGUGCUAGAGAAGCUGAAGGCCGCUCACAGUUACAAUCCCAAGGACUUUGACUGGAAUCUGAAAAAUGGACGUGUGUUCAUUAUAAAGAGUUACUCAGAGGAUGACAUUCAUCGUUCCAUCAAGUACUCUAUAUGGUGUAGCACAGAGCAUGGAAAUAAACGUCUGGACAAUGCCUUUCGAUCUAUGAAUGGCAAGGGUCCAGUCUAUCUGCUUUUCAGUGUCAAUGGGAGUGGACACUUUUGUGGCGUAGCAGAGAUGCGUUCUCCAGUGGACUAUGGCACCAGUGCUGGUGUCUGGUCACAGGACAAGUGGAAGGGCAAGUUCGAUGUCAAGUGGCUGUUUGUCAAAGAUGUCCCCAACAAUCAACUGAGGCAUAUUCGCCUGGAGAACAACGACAACAAACCAGUCACAAACUCGCGAGACACACAGGAGGUGCCCUUAGAAAAAGCAAAACAAGUGCUUAAAAUCAUUGCCACUUACAAGCACACAACUUCCAUCUUUGAUGACUUUUCUCAUUAUGAGAAGCGGCAAGAAGAGGAAGAGGUCGUGCGCAAGGUGAGCUCUUCUCAGAUCCUAAAAGAUAAGGAACAUUAUUGAAUAGAUCAGGAAAAAAUGUACUGAGACGAACGUCAGACUCGAAGCAAACAAUAAGGAUUUCGCUUCACCUUUAUGACUAGAACUGAUCUAAAAAAAAAAGUAACUUUUGGGGAGGGACAAAAGAAAAAAAAAUGAACUUGAGAAUAAACAUUUUGUGGUGCCGCCUGUAGGCUUGGGAACUGAAUUAAAGCUUUCAGCAUCUAUGUAUCUAAUGCAGGCUAUAAGUAACCUUUCACCCUCCACUCCUUUCAUUUACUUUAUUUUUUUGUUUUGGCCAGUUCACCUGUAUUUCUUGUAUCAUUAAACACCUGUAGCUUAUAUAAAUGUACUUCCCUUUCCGCCCCCUUUUCUGCUCUGUACUUGCCCUGAGAAAGAAUUUCGCAUCCAUUAAACAGACCCACUAAAAAACUUUGAUAAACUCCAAAGAUUCUUUAUGUACAUGGGACAGAAUUUCUCUCUUGCAGAGCCACUACAGGGUGGACUUCCUGUGAAACAAUGCAGCAAAAUCAACAUGAAUUUGGCAAAUUAUGAAUUGUGAACAAGGCAAAAUCAUGCAUCAUGGGGCACUUCUGAAUCCUACAAUCAAUGUAACUUACAUAUUUACUCCAGAUUGUGUAUUAACCUGUUUGUCUUUAUUUUGUUGUGGAGGAGAUUUUUUUUUAUUUUUUUUUUAUUAGAAAGUAUGUAGAACUCCAUCUUUCUUUAUAAAGAGGGAAACAUAAUUUAUAAUGUCUUGAAGUACUUCUAUUUUUAAACCAUUAAUUUUCCAGCCUAAAACCAUAUAUGUAUGCAGGCCUUCCGUGUAUUGAACUGUAUCUGCCAAAGGAACAGAGCUAUUGGCUGCUGGCUCUUUUGACAGCGUUAUUACUAAACUGGAAGUUAUACUGUAUGAGAAUUAUUUGCAGGAAGUUGUGGUUUUGGUUUUUAAAAACUGCCUGCUUUCUACUCCCCCCCCCCCUCCUUUAAAUACCCCAUAUCAUUCCCCUCCAGUGUGUCAUGCAUGUGAUCCCCUUAAAGAACUAUGUGCGUUUGGUUAGUAAACCAUAGCUACUUUGGUGGAAACCAAACUCCAUUUCCCUCCCUAUCCAGGGUCUAUAUUAAUACCAUGUUAUUCUGAAUGAACCAUCCUCUAGUCCUAUUAAACCAUACAACAAAAA